GAGUGUGGAUUAAAAUGUAAUAAUAAUUGUUCGGAAUUCCUGGCCGCCUCAGUUUGCGAGAUGGACUUCGCCACUAUCGUUAGCAACAUAUUCGGUGGGAGUUGUCCCGUGUCGCAGGGUUCCAGCAAGGACAGCUCGUCGCUGCUUUCGGGCUGCCUGGUGGAAAUUGAAAGAUGGUUGGAAAAUAAGCUGCAGAGCCAUAGCUUAACGGAAGAGAACGAAGUGACGGAAGGACGUCUUGGACCGAAGCGUGCUAUCUUCGAUGUGACCGAGGAUAGUACAAUAUUAGUAUCGAAAGACAAAUUAACGUUGCAAUCACAGAAUGCUUUUUCAACUGUUAAGGCCAAUUGCUGCGUCUUUUCCGGUCGUUGGAUGUAUGAGGUUCAAUUGCGCUCAAAAGGUGUGAUGCAAAUUGGGUGGUGUUCCGCCCACUGCAAGUUCACGCAAGACACGGGAGUUGGUGAUACUCGGUACAGUUACGGGUUGGACGGUAGCAAACAACGAAUAUGGCAUGUUCACACGCAAAAGUAUGGCCCUUUUUGGCGUUCCGGGGAUAUAUUCGGUGUGUGCGUUGAUAUGGACGAAGGAAAAAUUGAAUAUUAUCGAAAUGGAGCAGCUCUAGGAGAGGCAUUCAAAGAUAUCGAAAGAGGUCCUGGAUUAGCAUUAUAUCCAGCAGUUUCGUUAGCAUUCAAUGACAGUCUCACUGCCAAUUUUGGUGGUUCACCACUAAAGCAUCCCGUGAAAGGCUACCGAUGUCUUCAAGAACCACCGACUGUGUUUCUUUUUCAAGCAGAUUGUCUCUUACAGUAUCUGGUAAACCUUGCAGGAAUCAUUUCUCGUCAUUCUCAAAAAGAUUUGGAUGCAUCUUCAUCCCGUACAACGUCGCUAUCCUUUGAAUCCAUGUACAUGUUAAUUGCCUCAAUGUUGAUUGAAAACAUUGCCCCGUUGCUGGCAAAUUCUUACGUAGUUGAAGACAAAGUGUUUAAGUAUAUGAAAGGGAUGUGCGUUUUACGUAGUAAUUCCAAAAAUAACCCUCCCACCCAACCGGGCUCGCCGGAAAGCACCCUCGGAACAUUCCUCACUCUGCUUUGGACUUAUUUGGAGCCGGAAGAGAUAAAACUUUUUCUCAAAAAGUUGCUCAACUUUCUAGCUAAUACCUAUAAGGAGACUCCCGUCGAUUUAGAGUACGAGAAGCAGAGGAAAAUUAUUGUCAUUCUAACCUGCAUAUGCCAGCACCCACAAACACGCAAAUAUCUGCUGGAGUGUAAGUUAUUCAAAAAGAAUUGCUUGCCCUUGUUCCUCUAUAUUAAGCCACCAGAUGAGUCAACGUUGGAGCAGCUUCUGCCAGACGACACCAUAUGGACGGAGGGUCUGGGUGGUCCACGGGAGCUCUAUUUGGCCGCUUGUGAUCGACUUCGAACGCAUACAAGCGUGCUGUACACGUUGCAGAAAAAUCUGAUCCUAAUCUUGCUCAACAACUCCGACGGUCGAGAUGCAGGUUCCCCCUCUAGUCGGCAAAUUUUUGUCACCAAAUUGCGCAAAUUUGUGAUGGAUAACAAUGCCGAAAUGAGGGGUCUUUUCUCUUCUUCUACUCAACCGGCAAUUGGGCUAUCGUUCCUAUGUGCUUUACUGGAUGUUGCACGAACUCUAUGGACUGAAGAGUUGGCAUCGAAAAGCUCAGAUAGCACCGUUCCACCGUUUAUCGACUAUCGCUACUUUUAUGAUGGAAGUUUUCGUUACACGAAUAUCGAUCGUAUUGGUGGAGUACUUUCCUACCUGCGGAGACAUUUCCGCACGCAAUUGGUGGAUCGGUUGGGCGAAGAUCAUCCCAGCCUAGCGGCUGUUGAUCAGCAAUCGGAUCUGCGUAACGAAAUCGCGGCCUUCAAUGCCUUUCUUGAUUCCGCUAUUUUUCUGGUAGCCGGUGGACCAAAUUCAACAUAUUCGAUUGUUUCGAGAGCUGCAACAAAUGUCACUUCGGAACUUCAAAGGGAACCUUCGCAGGGACCGAACCAACCUGGAGCCACCACUGGAGGGGCAUCAACUGGCGGUCAUGUAAAUCUCGAUGAUCGGAUGUCUAUCUGCGAUUUGUUAGAUUGUGCAGUGAUUUUCUAUUAUUCUGUGGCCCAUAAGUACGUAGUGAUGAUUGCUGAUUUGAGGGAUAACAUUAGUCACCUUUCGGAUAUAUUACUGGAAACGAAGACCAACUGCGAUGAUGUGGUGCACAAUCUGGAUGAGUUGAAACGGUCGAGUGAUUCUAAAUUCAGUAAAACUCACGAGGAGCUUGUUCAUGAACUGGACACACGUUUUGGCCAAAGAAAAAGCAUUUUUGCGAAACGCUCGAUGGAGCUAGCGCGCAAGCAAGCCUGGUACCGUUCGGUGGCUCUUGGAAGUCACCGUCGAAAUUUGCUUUGUUGGUUGAUGGGAAUAAUUUUCGAAACACUGCAGCGAUUUAGCCACGAGGAUGUUCUGUUCUCGUUCCUACCGGAAACCUACGUUAACGUUAUUCCGGUCUUGCUGGAUACGAUUCUGGAUUUCAGCUUUCAUGAUACUGCUCUUCAGCAUGACCUGUCGGCUGACAGCCAGCUUAUCAACUCUGCAGCAGAAUUUCUAGCUUCGCACCUUGCUGAUGCCCGGGUGAUCCUUGCGUCUUGCAAGGACGCUCUUAUCCAAGCUCUCGGAUCCCUGACAUGCCACCAAGCCGGCAUCCGCUCUCUAGAACUGGCUUCACCUAAGAGCCAGCAAGCAUUUGUCAGAGCCUUACUGCGUCCAUACGAGAAUCGUGCCUGGGGCCAGAGCAACUGGUUAUUGCUCCGGUUUUGGUUAGGAGAUGGCUUUGCGUAUCGUGAAUCCAGGCCACCGUGUGUGUGGCAGGCAGGUAAUGAGCCAAGACGUUCCUUAGGGCUUUAUCGCAGCAGAGCAAAGAACGGAACACACACCGGAUUGCUGCAUCUGGUUGCUCCAGCCUGUCCCUCAAGACAUUUCCAACAAAUGAUUAGUGACAUGCUCUGCAAGGAUGAACCGUACUGUAUGACCUUUCUAAACUCUGUCCUAUCGCAGUUGAAUUGGGCGUUUUCCGAGUUUAUACACAUUCUACAAGAUAUACAAAACGUUGCUCAGCGUGAUGAGCACAAUGCCAUUGAGACUAAGCAGCUGAAGAUAUGUUCUAUGUGCUUCGAACUAACUGUUUCGUUGAUGCGAGCACUAGAAAUGAUAGUUACAAUUACGCCCGGAUUACUACAAGAUGCCUCGAGAGCUAACAGUGAAAUUAUCUUAGGACGCAUUUGUCAGCUGGCCAUCCAAGUGCUUUCUCGUGUUACUGUUCCUCCCGGUUGCUUUCAACAUGUGAUGGACCUCUGCUUACCGGACUUGAGCAAUGUUACUCAUUUUGCCAUUAUCAGUUCGGCAAUCGGGAUCUUGCUGGCAUUGAUGAAAAACGAACUGAGUGAUGGUGGCGAUGGAUGUUGUAGCAGUUCUAGCAUUGUAGAUAUCAGCGUUACAAAGAUCCCAAGAGUCAGCAAGCAUCUGUUGACGGAUACCAGCUUUCACAUCACUAGUUUGGAGUUUGCUUUGGGGGAAAUUAAGACACCGAUAGCCGCUACAAGCCACGAAAGCACACCGAGAGGCAAUUUCGAUCCAAAAAUGAGAGCUCACAUUGACCCACUGACAAAUGAGGUGCGAGUGCCGUCCCCAUUUCGGGCAAUUAUCGGCGUUAAAGAGAUCGUACCAGAUCCUCCAAUCAUCAAGUUUAAUAUGGCAGAUUAUCCAAACCACGUAAGUCAGGAGGAGUUGGAUCAGGUUCGACGCCUAAUUGAGAUUCUUCAACUUAGGCAAACGUUGUUGUCGGAGAUCACCGUCCUGUCUGAGGAUUCAUUGUGUCCCAUAUGCUACGCUAAACAAAAUUCAGCUUUAUUUGAACCCUGUCAACAUCAAUCUUGCGAAAAUUGUAUUAUUCAACACCUGAUGAAUAACAAGCUUUGCUUUUACUGCAAAAUACCAAUCGCCAAGGUAAGCCGCUCGGAUGGAAUGGUAAUUUACGAAAACAAUGUUCCAAUCAAUGAUUCCUCACUGCCACAAGUUGCAAGUAACAGCUCAUCCAAUCAAAUUGCCUCCAUUGAUGAAGGUGACGGUCCAAGUGGAGGAUUCCGCACCGAGAAUAUCUAGUCAAAUUUUUACACUUUAUUUCUAUUGCAAAGAAGCAGUGAUUUAACGCACCGUCAUAAAAUUCUAGUCAAAUGCCUUGCUCACAAAAAUUAAAUGGUGAAACUAUCGCUUUAUAUUGCUCAUAUCUCUUAGUGUUUUAUAAAAUCAUGAAUGUUCGUUUCUUGUGGAACACUAUGACGAGUGAGAGGACUGUUACUGAAUGUGUUCGACACAUUACCUCUUAAUUAAUUAAAUCAAAUUUAAUUUGCAGGUUAGUCAGUAAUAAUCACUACGCAAAAGACAUUU